AUGACCUCCUUUUUCAGCCGCUGUAACUCCAUUAGAGUGGACAGUGGAAACUGGAUCCUCUAUGAGAAUCCCAAUUAUAGGGGAAACCAAUAUUACCUGAGGCGAGGAGAGUACCCAGACUUUCAGCAAUGGAUGGGGUUUAAUGAUUCUAUCAGGUCAUGUCACCUGACCCCUCAACACCGUGGUCCAUUCAGGAUGAGGAUCUAUGAGAAGGAAGAUUUCAGAGGUCAGAUGAUGGAGUUCACUGAGGACUGUCCCCAUGUCUUUGAGCAGUUCAGAUAUAAUGAUAUCCACUCCUGCCAUGUAUUUGAUGGUCACUGGGUUUUCUAUGAAGAACCCAACUACAGAGGACGUCAGUAUUACCUGAGACCUGGAGAAUACAGGAGAUAUACUGAAUGGGGUGCCUCAAAUUCCAGAGUAGGCUCCUUUAGAAGAGUCCAAUAUAUUCAGUAA